UCCGUCGGGAGAUCCGCCGAGGUUUGCGCUCCCUGACCUCUGCACUCUGACCUGGGCUGCGAGGAUGAAGGCCUGGCCCGUGACCCUGCUGCUGCUCGCGUGGGUCGGAGCAGGAGCUGUGUGGAGGCAGACAUUCAGGAAGGAACCGAUGAACAGGACGUCGAUCGCGGGUGAGACAAGCCUUCUGGAGUGCGAGGUCGACGCGGCCUCAGGUCCCGUGCAGUGGGUAAAGGACGGACUGCUGCUGGGACCAGAUCAGAAUCUCCCGGGAUUUCCCCGUUACAGUAUGACUGGUGACCGAUCCACAGGGGUGUUUAACCUGCAGAUCACGAGGGUGGGGCUGUCGGACGAGGGGAGGUACCUCUGUCAGGUGGGGCGGUCGGAUUCCAGUCCGGGGCUUGUCUCUCAGAUGGCCUGGCUCCACGUCUUGGUUCCCCCAAGAGGUCCGCGUUUCUGGGAGUUGGCCGUAGGGCGCAUCCCCACCUGGGUGGCUGGGGAGGAGUACUCACUGACCUGUGAGGCAGAGGACUCGAAACCGGAGUCCAGAGUCACCGUCAGCAAGGGUGGGGUAAAUAUUUCUGCGGUUGACGUCGUUGUCAAGCAAGGUUCCAACGAGAAAGUCUUCAGUACUGUGUCCACUGUCAGAUUUACUGCAAAAAGUUCCGAUAACGGCAAGCGAAUGGCAUGUUCAGCGAUGAACCAGGCUCUCCAUCAGCCGCGGAUCACACACUUCACCAUGAAUGUUCUGUUUCCCCCGCAGAAGCCGAAGAUCAAAGGUUACAAUGGGCAGCCGGUGAACGCGGGAGUGACCCUUGAACUGAUCUGCACCUCCGGAGGAGGCAACCCAUUGGCCACCCUCCAGUGGCUGAAGGGAGACGGGGUUCUCUCCAGGAACUGGGGAACGGGGAGCCAGAAGGGCACGGUACGGAGCGUCCUGCUGUACCCGGUCACGCCCGAGGAUAACGGAGCCAUACUCGGCUGUGAGGCAGCCAACCACGUCACAGCGGCGCCGCUGAGGACGGACGUCACUCUCCGUGUGGUGUUUCCCCCAGAUCAUGUGGAGAUCAUCGGAUUGACUGAAGUCCUGGAAGGCAGCAAUGUCUCAGUGACCUGCCAAACCUCGAGCAGCAAUCCCCCGGCGCAUAUCCGCUGGUGGGCUUUUGGCGUGGAGUUAAAUGUAACCAAGGAAACCUACGAAAAGGACCCCUCUGGAUGGAUCACGACCUCCAGCGCCAACUUUAUGGCCCAACGCUCUCUCGACGGGACCAGCCUGGUGUGCGAGGCGGUGAACCAGGCCGUGGUGGUGUCCACCAGCGCCAGCGUCCCCAUCGCCGUGUUCUACGUGCGCUGGUUCCGCGCCCCUGAACGGCACCCAUUGGACGCUCGGAAACGCCGCUGCCUCCGUCUCGGCGCGGCUCGGUUCAGGCCGGUUCUGUUUCCUCCCGAGGGUUUGGAGCCGGCACCCGUGGGGGUGUGCAGGACCCUGGGGAGGCUGGCCGUCUCCGAGCUGACCAUCGUGGCGGAGCCCAGCGACAACCAGGCGGAGUACCAGUGCAGUGCGCACAACCCUGUCAGUGACGGCACGCUCAGCGCACACACCCGUGUCACCGUCCAGUUUGCUCCGAUAUCCCUGGAGAUUGAUGCUCCGGCCUCGGUGAUCCGGGAGGGAGAGAACCUCACACUGGUCUGUCGGGCAGGAGCGAGUAACCCAGCGACACACAUCUCCUGGAUCAGGAACGGACAGUGGGUCCCAGGAGGACGGACGUGGAUAGAAGAGGCCGAUUUCGGGGGGUGGGCCACCGUCUCCUCCAUCAGUCUCGUGCCCUCCGGCCGUGACGACGGGCAGCGCAUCAGGUGCCAGGCGUUCACCCCCGUCCUGGGGGACACGAGCAACACCUUCCUCAUCCUCAGUAUCCGCUACGCCCCCCAGUUUCAGGAGGACCAGGUCCGGUCGGUGGAGGGGGUGGAACGGGCAGCCGUCGUGAUUCCGCUGAGAGUCUCCGCAAAUCCCAGGAACGUCACCUACACCUGGAGUCGGAACAGGGAGGUGCUGGUCAAAGCUGGCCCAACGCGACACCAUCUGAAGUCCGACGGCUCCCUUGAGAUCUGGAACUUGACACGUUUUGAUGCCGGGGUCUACAAGAUCAACGUCAAAAAUGAUGAGGGCGAAAAUGAGACCUUUAUCAGACUUGAAAUGUUGUAUUCUCCACGAAUUUACAGCAUUUCGGACCCCACGGAAGUGGAGGUUGGAGGAACGGUGGAGAUGGUGUGUACCGUGGACGCAAAUCCCGUCAGCAGUAAGAUGGUGCAAUGGAUCUGGAUGGGGCAGGGGCGCAACGUGACGGAGGAAGACCAGGUCUUCAUGGGCAACACCACUAAGCUCGUUAUCAGAGGCGCAGUGCGCGGCGACACCACCCGAUACAGGUGUACGGCGGACAAUGGGAUUCCACCGGCGGUCUCAGUCAUGGCUCAGCUGAUCGUACAGUUUAAACCCGAGCUGCAGAAGGGCGUCGAACUGGGCAAAUCGGCCGUCGCUGCGGAUGGGACGAAGUCGGCCAUCUUGAGGUGCAAGGCGGAGGGAGUUCCGGACGUGGAGUUCAGCUGGGCCAAGAACGGAGUGAACCUUGACCCCAGCAACCCCCGUUACACACAGAGAACGACACACGAGGGUCCACUCCACACCGGUGAGCUGACCAUCGGUAACGCCAGCGCUGCGCUCGACUUCGGAACCUACAGCUGCACCGCUCGUAACCCGCUGGGGACGGACAUCUUCGAUAUUCAGCUGGUCCGUACCGGACCCCCGGACCCACCCUCGGAUCUGACACUUGUCCGUAAGUCCCACAACUCUGUCACCUUGGCUUGGAGCUCGGGAUUCAAUGGCGGAUUGACCCAGUCUUUUCGUGUCAGGUAUUCCGAGUGGGAUGCACUGAGUGCCCUCUACGUGGAUGUGUAUCCGCCCUGGAGCACCCAUUUCACCGUGACUGGUCUCCGCCCGGGGACCCGGUACAAUUUCUCGGUCAACGCCAUCAACGCUCUGGGGGCCAGCGGUUACGCGGACGGGGGUCUCCCUAUCACCGUCUCCACCUCAGGAGGAGGUCCCUUCCCCUCGGAACCUAUGAUCACCCCGGAGCUCGGAGCAGGUGGGUUCGCCCUCCCUCUCCCCAUCCUCGUCCCAGUGACCAUCCUCAUCACUUCCCUGCUUCUCCUCAACAUCGGAAUUCUGGUUUGGAUCCUGUGGAAAAUGAAGGCAGGAGCUGGGUCAGCAACGAAGGCAGGAAAGUCAAUGAGUGCGGACGUGCUGGAAAUGAAUGACUAUACCGAGGACACUGUGGGCAUCGAUGCUGCCCAGUCGAUCUUGAACACCAACUCUGCGCCCAGUAGCAGCACCUACGAAAGUUACUACAACUGCUCUCUGCAAUCCAGUCAGAUGGGACACUGGGAUCACAGACUCAAUCCUGCGGGAAUCGUCCACCCCGGAUCCCACUGGGAAACAGGGAGCACAGGGCUGCUCUGCGACCAAGGGAUCUACGAAGACGUCGCUGAAGACCCUGCCUUCUUGGGCGACUCAUCUGCUGAAUUUUCUGCUCCUCGCUGGCUCAGUACAUCAGCUGAAACUGUGCACUACCCUAGAACGGUGAGAGGAAUUGGCAGACGGGUUCGAGGCGAUCCCGCCUCUCGAUUUGUGGAUCGCUCGGAACUGCUGGGAGACCUCGUCUGAUGAGCUGGUGUCGGGGGGAUCGAUGUCUGCGGACUCCACGAGACGCUUGGGCCUAACCUCCCCGAUGCUGGGAGUGUUACUGCACCGAUCGCUUGUAAUCUUCGUCAUCGCUACACUCCACCUGUUCUCCGUGUUCUAGAGCACACCAUUUCAAGUGGUCUCCUUCCUUAAUGUUCCAGACCACACCAUUUGUGACCACCCCUGCUCUGUAUGUGCUAGAGCACACCCAUAAAUCGGCCCGCUUCCUUUUCGUUCUAGAGCGCAGUCUUUCAAGCGACUGCCUGUUCUAGACGUUCUAGAGCGCACCACUUCAAGCGGGCCCUUUAUGUUCUAGAUUACAUCAUUCACACGACCCCCUGUUCCUUAUGUUCUAGAGCACACCCAUUAAGUGACCAGAUUCCUUCGCACUCUAGACCACACCCUUUCACGUGACCCUCCAUUUCAGUUCUAGAGCAUAUCUUCCCUUGUAGCUCCUUGUGCAUAUGGCACCAGCUUAAUUGUCCCUGACCUUUAUGUUCUAGAGGGCCCCUCUUUUCUCGUGACCCCACUCUGUUCUUAGUCCUAGAUCACACCCAUCUAAGCUCCCCCUCCUCGUGUUCUGGAAGACACCCAUUGGAGCCCUCCUGCCUUGUGUUCUAGACCACACCCGUUAGAGCCCCCCUGGUGUUCUAGACCACACUCAUUGGAGCCUGCCUGCCUUGUGUUCUAGACCACACUCAUUGGAGCCCUCCUGCCUUGUGUUCUAGACCACACCCGUUAGAGCCCCCCUGGUGUUCUAGACCACACUCAUUGGAGCCCGCCUGCCUUGUGUUCUAGACCACACUCAUUGGAGCCCGCCUGCCUUGUGUUCUAGACCACACUCAUUGGAGCCCGCCUGCCUUGUGUUCUAGACCACACUCAUUGGAGCCCGCCUGCCUUGUGUUCUAGACCACACUCAUUGGAGCCCGCCUGCCUUGUGUUCUAGACCACACCUAUUUGUGACUCCCCCUAUUCUUUAUGUUGUACAGCCCACCCUUUGUGGCCACUUACUUUACAUUCUAGAACACAGCCUUUCAAUUCACUCCCUGUUCUCGAGCAUACCCUCUCGGGUGCAGCCCUUUUAAGCUGUACACCGCACUGAUUUCAAUGCCCCGUGCACUUGAUGUUCUGGAGUGCUCUCUUUUAAGUGGCCACCUGUUCUUUAUGUUCUAGAGCGCACCAUUUUAAGUGACUCCCUGUUUAAGUCUUAAAGUCCAUAACACACAGGGGCAGAAUGAGGCCAUUUGGCCCAUCGAGUCUGCUCCGCCAUUCGAUCACGGCUGAUUUAUUUUUCCCUCUCAGUCCCAUUCUCCCCGUAACCUUUGACCCCCUCACUAAUCCAGAACCUGUCGAUCUCUGCCUUAAACACACCCAGUGACUUGGCCUCCACCUCCCUCUGUGGCAACGACUUCCACGGAUUCACCGCCCUCUGGCUGAAGAAAUUCCUCCUCGUCUCAGUUCUAAGGGGACGUCCCUUUAUUCUGAGGCUGUGCCCUCGGAUCCCAGACUCUCCCACUGAUGGGAACACCCUCUCCACGUCCGCUCUAUCCAGGCCUUUCAGUAGCCGGGAGGUUUCAAUGAGAUCUCCCUACCCUCAUCUUUCUGAACUCCCAUCUAGGACAGGCCCGGAGAUGGCAAACGCUCCUCGUAUGUUAACCCUUUCGUUCCCGGGAUCGUUCUUGUGAACCUCUCUGGACCCUCUCCAACUCCAGCACAUCCUCCCUUAGAUACGGGGCCCAAAACUGCUCACAAUGUGCCAAAUGUGAUCUGACCAACGCCUUAUAAAGCCUCAGUGUUACAUCCUUUUAAGUGUACCUAUCUUAUGGUCUAGAGUUCAUCCAUUAGAAUGCCCCCAAACUUCAUGUUCUAGAGCGCUCUUUUUGAAAUGACUCUCUUUAUGUUCUAGAGUACACCCUCCUAAGCUUCCCGUGUUCUUCAUGUACUAGAGUGCAUGUUCUUAAACACCCCCUGUCCUUUAUGUUAUAGCGUGCACCCAAUUAAGCACUCCUCCAUUCUCUAUGUUCUAGAUCACACCAUUCAAGUGACCGCCCUGUUCCUCAUGUUCUGGAGCACACCCAUAAAUUGGCCCACUACUUUUAUGUUCUGAAGCACAGUAUUCCAAGGGACUCCCUGUUCUCAAUGUUCUCACACCCGCAUUUAAAUCACCCCCUGGACCUUUAUGUUCCAGAGUACUUUCAUUUAAGUGACCCCACUCUGCUCUUUAUGUUCUAGAACACACCCAUUUAAGCUCCCCAUGCCUCUUGUGUUCUAGAGCCCAUGGACAAGCGCCCCCUGCUCAUUAUGUUUUAGCACACACCCUCUUAAGCACCCCGAACUUCGUGUACUAGAACACAUAUUCUUCCACCACGCUGUCUUCUAGAUCCCACCCAUUUAGGCAUCAUGCACUUUGUGUUCUAGAUCACACCAAUUAUACAACCCCCUGUUCUUUAUGUUCUGGAACAGUCCCAUAUCUUACCCACUUGCUUUAUGUUCUAGAGCACAUCCUCUCAAGUGGCUCCCUGUUCUUGAAGUUCUAGAGUGCACUGUCUUAUUCAUGCCUCCUUUUAUGGACUAGACCACAGCAUUUAAAUGGCCCCUGUCCUUUUAUGUUCCAGAGUGCAUUCAUUUGUGACCACACUCCAUUCAUUAUGUUCUAGCACACACCUGUUUGUCCGCCAUGUCUAUUGUGUUCUAGAGUACACCACAUUUAAGUGAUCUGUGUUCUAGAGUGCACUCUCUUAAACAUCCCUGUUCUUCGCUCUAGAGCACACCCACAACCAACCCAGACCUUGCGUUCCAGAGUGCACCUAUUUGCGACCCCUCAUUCUUUAUGUUCUAGAACAUGCCCUUUAAGCAGGCCCCAUUCUAGUUCUAGAGCACACUUUCUUAAAUCUCCCAUCCUUUGUGUGCUAGACCGCACUCAUUUAAGUGACCCCCCUCGUUCUUUACUUUCUAGAGUGUACCCAUGUAAGUAACCCCAUUCUUUAUGUUCCAGAGCACUCCGCGGCCCCCGUUCCAUUAUGUUCUAGAGCGCAACCCUUUAAGCGGCCGGCCCCUCACCUUCUAGAACACACCCUCUCAAAUUGCCGCCUGUCCUCUUGUGUUCUAGAGCAAACCACUCAACCAUUGUGUUCUAGAGCGCACCCACGCAGGUGGCCCCCAGUUCCUGCACGUUCUCGAACGUGACCCCUUUCUCCUGACAAUCCCAGGAAUUGUCACCAAACUCCCAGGAACCUUGCCCACCCACCCUGCCCCUCCACCCCCAAUCCCACUCCCUGUAUUUUCACCCGGAGUUACCCCGAGUUGCAUUUAUUUGACCUAGCAAACAAAAAUUAAACAAAAUUGCAAGACCGUUGACUCUCUCCCGUGGCGAAUGCAAGG